AUGCCAUCCGGUGGACAUCGUCAUCUUAAGAGAUUAGCAGCACCAAAAAGUUGGGGCCUUAAGAAAAGUGGAGGAAAAUAUGCAGUAAGACCUCUUCCAGGAUCACACAGUAAAGCAACUUCAAUACCAAUUCAAUACAUCUUAUCAAGUCUUUUGGAUCUUACCCAUACAAAUAAAGAAGUUGAUUAUGUAUUAAAAAGAGGUCUAUUACUCUUGAAUGGUAAAAUCAUUAAUAACCAUAAGAGAUGUGCUGGAUUGUUUGAUGUAAUUACAGUAAAAGAAGCUAAUGAACACUAUCGUAUUUUGUUAGGAAUAAACGGUAAGUUUAAAUUAGUAAAGAUUUCUGAUGAGGAAGCUAAAUACAGAUAUGUUAAAGUAAUUUCUAAGGAUAUUGAGAAUGAUAUUCCUUACACUAGAACAAGCUGUGGAUAUAAUUUUAGAUUUGCUGAUCCUUCCAUUAAGAUUAAUGAUACAGUUAAAGUUGAUAUCGAACAAAAUAAGAUUGUUGAUAGAAUUCCAUUUCAGGUUAAUUCAACAGUCUUUAUUUAUCUUGGAUCCAACACUGGUAGAGUAGGAACUGUACAAAAGAUUGAGAAGCAAAUUUCUGGUAAGACUUUAAUUACUCUUGUAGAUAGCAGUGAAAAAAUUUUUACUUCUCCAAUGGAGUCAUCAAUAGCAAUUGGUUACGAUUCUAAUGUUGAGAUAACACUCGAUAGUGAUGCAGGUAUUAAGUUAACAGCUUUUGAAAAGAGUAACUUAAAGUAUAAAGAAGUUGAAGUUAUUGAAGAAUAA